GAUAAAAGACAUGCUUGGCCUUGGCAAGUCUUGGUCACCCCGAACCCUAUCAGAUGACAUAAGAAAGUGGACACGAUUCUUGUAGGCUUACAGUCCCCAGUUUAAACACAGAUCCUUUAAAUUCAAAACAUGAUAAGCACUUUUACAAAUGGGGUCUAGCUUACAAAAAGGACUCUAUGUUGGACUAGGAUUUGCUACUUGCCUUGUCAGCCAACUUUUGAGAAAAAUGCGCUGAUUUAAACAGAAUGAGAGUCCCUUGUUUCGAGAACAUUUUCUAGAAAUCCAGGACACAAAAAUCUUCUCCUUGUUUGCAGUUCUUUCUGAUAUUAAGUACCUUGUGCUUUGACAAAUCUAAUACCCCAGUCCGCUUGCCGUCUUACCAAAAGAAGAAAACAGAGAGUCAUUGCACGAGACCUGUCCUAAUUAUAUUCUUGCCCAGGACCAAGUUCGCUAUUUGUGGUCACUCAGAGACACUCCGGAGAGAUUCUGACAGCCUGGUGAGGUCACACGCUGUGCCGUGCUGUCCUGCUGCGUCGUGUGACUUCAGCACAAGACACAAGAUACAUCUCCUUGUUAGCAGUUUGACGGUUGCUGCUGGUGUGUGUUAGUCUUCCUGGGGUCACCCACAGAGACAGAGACAGUCCAGCCAGGCAGGCAGAGACGAGUGAGUAGCUCGAGCUCGAACGUGCGUGUGGUGUAUCCUGUUGUGGACAUCUUCCGGAACAGCAGCAUGUUCGUCCUCACAGCUGUGGUGGUGUGUGUGCUGACCGUGUUGCACGGGGUGGAGCCUAAGGCUCUUCGGGACACCCUGGAGCAGCACAGGGUAGAGACACGACCAAGUACAUGCUGUACACCCGUGAGAGUAAGACCAAGGAGGUCGUCCUGGACGCCAGACACCCCGACCAACACGCCACGGUCUGGACCAACUACAAAUCGAGACCCACCAAGUUCCUGGUGCACGGCUUUCUCGAUAGCGUCCUGGUGAAUCCGUGGUUGAAGGCAUGGACCCAGCCGGCCCGUACUUCGAGGACACGGACAAGGUUGUGAGACUGGACUCCACUGACGCCACGUUCGUGGACAUUGUCCACACAGACGGUGACGUCAUCCUGCACCUCGGCUUUGGCCUCAAACAACAGAUAGGCCAUGCAGACUACUACCCUAAUCUAGGUCACGACCAGCCAGGCUGUCAGAAGGACCCGAUUUCUCAAAUUGCAGACAACGGGGUGGUGCAAG